UUAAUUUGUCGACGUUUUGUGUUAUUAAUUAUGUGAAUAAUGAGAUUAAAGUGUAAAUAAAUGUUAGAAUAGUGUAUAAUAGUGAUUAUGGCGCAUAGUGGUGGUGUCUUAAGCUCGGAUAUAUCUAGACGAAAUCCACAAGAUGAAUACGAGCUUAUUCAGAGGAUUGGCUCGGGCACCUAUGGCGAUGUGUAUAAGGCAAAAAGACUGGACGGCAGUGGUGAGCUUGCUGCCAUCAAGGUGAUAAAGUUGGAGCCGGGUGAUGACUUCGCCAUCAUCCAGCAGGAGAUCCUCAUGAUGAAGGACUGCCGGCACCCAAACAUAGUGGCAUACUACGGCUCCUACCUUAGAAGGGAUAAGCUAUGGAUCUCGAUGGAGUACUGUGGAGGUGGUAGCUUGCAGGACAUAUACCACGUGACAGGACCUCUGACGGAGAUCCAAAUAGCUUACAUGUGCCGGGAGACGCUCACUGGACUGUCGUACUUGCACAGUAUGGGGAAAAUGCACAGGGAUAUCAAAGGCGCCAACAUCCUUCUCACAGAGUGUGGGGACGUAAAGUUAGCAGAUUUUGGUGUAUCCGCGCAGAUUACAGCCACCAUCAACAAGAGGAAGUCGUUCAUUGGCACGCCUUACUGGAUGGCACCGGAGGUGGCAGCGGUGGAGAGGAAGGGCGGUUACAAUCAGCUGUGCGACAUCUGGGCUUGUGGAAUCACAGCUAUAGAAUUGGCGGAGCUUCAGCCCCCCAUGUUUGAGCUCCACCCCAUGAGGGUGCUGUUCCUGAUGUCGAAGUCGGGAUUCAAACCGCCACAGCUGAAGGAGCGCGAGCGCUGGUCGCAGGUCUUCCAUUCGUUCCUCAAGUUGUCCCUCACGAAGAACCCUAAGAAGAGACCCACCGCUGAGAAGCUAUUGCAGCAUGCAUUCUUUCAACAAGACAUGAGUAAGCGGCUAGCAAUAGAACUACUCCACAAGUAUUCCAAUCCACCCAGCCAUUGUGUGAGCCAGGAGGACGAUGACGGGGCGGAGAGUACAGUACCCCACCGCAUCGCGUCGAAGCAUACGGCCCGGGGACGGCGCGUGGCCCCUCGCGGGACCCCCGGACCCCCCGGGACCCCCGGGGCCUCCGGGGCCCCCGCCCCCCCGCGCCCCCGCAGCCUGCUGCCCGCGCCCAGCCGGUCGGGCGCGUACGAUGACUCGCCGAUCAUCGACCUGGACGCUGAUGAUGACCUGGUCACCGACCGCUGUGAUGGUGACACACUUCGCAGGAGCGGUUACCAUAGACAAACGAGCGAAGACUGGAGCGUAGCCUCACUCAUGAAUUGCCCCAAACACAAUCCACUCUCCCAAGAUUUAACCACCGAUACUAUGCCGCCAAGUGAAAAGAGCCUCUUGCAAUAUAUUGACGAAGAAUUAAUGCUCAGGGCAACACUACCGUUAACCGCCGAUACGGCUGCGUUAGCGCAGGCCAACUCCGCUCUCUCUGUACACGAUCAACAUUUAUCACAAUGUAUGCAACUAAAGCAGAACUACCUAAAUAAUUCUACCACGAACAUCUACCAGAGUCUAGCGUCCAACUUUCAGAGUCCAAUAGGCGCGUCCAGAGUCUCCAUAGACGAUCCUCUAUGUAGGAAAAUGGGGGAGACAGAUAUCAUGUACGUAGAUCAAUCGAAUGACGUCAUCGUUGAUACGCCACAGACAAGGAACGCUAAUUGCGAAUGUGGUCUAUGCCCCAAACCAGAGAUAAGGGACGAUAACACAUUAAGUGAUCUCCAACGCUCAGUAAACAAAUGUUCGUGCGACGCGUGCAAUUCAAACGGCGACAUUUUGAACUAUUAUAGGAAUUGUCCCAAUCAAAAUGUAGACUCUGGUAUUGUUUAUUGUGAAAAUUGCAAGAAACAAAAGAUCUCAGUAUCGAAUUUCCGGGCGUUGCAAAUAGCAAAUCGAUUAAGGAUAGCCGAUGAAUCGAAACUAGAGAAUGGUGGAUUCGACGAUGAUUUGUGUAGGAAAAUCGAUAUGAGUUUAGACAUGGCGGAUAAGACGUACGAGCACAGGAAAAGACACAAUCGACAUAACUCCGAUUCGAUUACGGCCGGUAUCGAUUUAAGUCAGUUUUGCCAGUGCGAGUUUGACGUUGGGAAGCGGAAAACGAGUUCUGUUGAUGAGAUAUUCAAUAUGAUCGAGGAAAAUGGUAGGGAUGGGAAGGAGUUGGUAAUCGAUGAGAGCAGAGUUAGUCAGCGGCAGAGGAGUUUGUCGGACAGUCAGCGGGAUAAAGCGAAGGUGGAUAACAAAGCCCCGGGAGCCCCGGGCGGGCCGCCGGUGCCCCCGCGCCGGUCCCGCGCGCGCCGCACCCACACGCCGCCGCGCCCCGCACCCAACGGACUGCCGCCCACGCCUAAGGUCCACAUGGGAGCCUGCUUCUCCAAGGUGUUCAACGGAUGUCCGCUCAGAAUAAACUGUACUGCGUCCUGGAUACACCCAGAUACAAGGGAUCAACAUAUACUAAUAGGAGCCGAGGAGGGUAUCUACACGUUGAAUCUGAACGAAUUACACGAGACGGCGAUGGACCAGCUGUGCCCCAGGCGGACCAUAUGGAUGCAUGUCAUUAAAGACGUACUCAUGUCCCUCUCAGGUAAAACGCCUUCGUUGUACCGCCACGAGUUAUUGGCGCUUAUCGGAAGCGCGCGGGGUGGCAAAUCUCUGAGGGUGUUGCCCCCUCGGUUGUUGCCGAGGAGGUUCGCUCUCACCACCAGGGUGCCGGAUACAAGAGGUUGCAUCCGGUGUGCGGUUGCACGCAACCCCUACAACGGUUACAAGUACCUGUGCGGCGCGACGCCGGCUGGACUCUUUUUGAUGCAGUGGUACGAUCCGCUGCGAAAGUUCAUGCUUCUCAAGAACAUCGAGUGCUCGCUGCCGUCGCCGCUGCUGGUGUUCGAGCUGAUCAUCACGCCGGAGCUGGAGUACCCGCUGCUGUGCGUGGGCGUCAGCAAUAAGCCGCUCAGACUCAACUUGCUCAAUAUAAAUUCAGGGGCGACGUGGUUCCACUCGGAUGAGCUGGAACUACCAGCUGGUGCUGUAAGCAGUGGAACUGCCGGCAGCAUUGGCAGCGAACGGCUGCAUACCCUGAGGGCGGUACACCAACUCAACAAGGAUGCGGUGCUGGUGUGCCAUGAGAACCUGGUGGAUAUAAUUCCCGCGCUGCCGCCGUCGCUGCAGGCUCGCUGGCGGCAGGAAGACGACAAGCGGCGGAAUAAGCUGCUCUCCAGGAUACAGUUCGACUUCAACAUAGACAGCAUACUGUGCCUGGCGGACUCAGUGCUGGCAUUCCACCGUCACGGGGUGCAGGGUCGAUCCCUGCGCAGUGCCGCCGUCUCGCAGGAGAUUGUGGACCGCUCGCGCGCCUACAGGCUCCUCGGCAGUGACAAAGUGGUUGUGUUGGAAUCUCAUAUUUUACAAAACAACACACUGUCCGGCGAGGAUGGCAACGAUCUCUAUAUAUUAGCGGGACAUGAAGCCUCCUACUAAGGUGACCGUAUCUCGCCGGAAAUGGCGGACAUUGCCAAGCGUGCAUCCGCGCGAAGCAACACGUGCGCGGUCGCGGUGACCACGCGUUGCGUAUAUCGGAGAUUUUUUUAACCGUAGUGAUAGUGUGACCACACUUUACGCUUACAAAUGACAUUUAAUAUAAUUGCGUAUGUAA